UCGGUUUGUUCGGUUUCCUUUUCAGUUUGUAAAAUCGCAUCGAACGGCACGGCUCGGAACGCGCGCGCAGUGAUCGGCAUCGGCAUACAGAAGCACAGUGGUGUGUCGGAAACGGUAGUGAGAACCGAGUCUAGUCCCCAAUAGAAAGCCCCAGUGCCCGAAGAAGUAGGAGCGACACGGGCGGGGAGCGUGUGUGUAGUGUAGUAGUGUAAUUCUCUCACCUAAUUUUUAGUUGUUGUUCCCAUUUUUGAACAAAGCCCCGAUUUGGUUUCGGAUCGAAGUUAUAUUCAAGGAAAUACCAGCAGUAAUGUUUUGCGGCAGAGCGCAUCGAGGAGGUCCAGGCCCAAGCGAAUAGCGCCAUGUCGUCCUGUCGAAGCCCAACCUAUUGAUACAUUUUCAAGUGCACAUGAGGUAGAUCGAGAGCGGGAGAUCGAGUGAUUCAGCCUUGGUUUCCAGCGGGAGGACCAUCGAGUGGUGGGUGUGAGGAAGGAACUGCAACGGAAUCGUGGGGAGGAAAGAGGACCGGGGGAAUUAUUCAGGUUUGAAGCCACAAAACGAGCACAAAGCACAAAACCUUCACCGAACACCCACAAAAGCAGCCACCAGAAUACCCCAAACAUAACACAUCAACGACACACCACGAAUACCCCCCUAUACACCUAUACACCUGUACACCCACACACAGUUACCGAUAAUCAUGACUUAUAUUCCGAAAAAAAUGCACUAUACGCAAGCAGCCAUGAAUCUGAUCAACAUGGACUCGGAGAAUCGGGUGGUGCUGAAUGUCGGCGGGAUACGGCACGAGACAUACAAGGCCACAUUGAAAAAGAUUCCAGCGACGCGACUGUCGCGUCUCACGGAAGCCCUGGCCAACUAUGAUCCGAUACUGAAUGAGUACUUCUUUGAUCGGCAUCCGGGCGUAUUUGCACAAGUGCUCAACUAUUACAGAACUGGCAAACUGCACUAUCCCACAGAUGUGUGCGGACCGCUGUUUGAAGAGGAAUUGGAAUUCUGGGGUCUAGACUCGAAUCAGGUAGAGCCCUGCUGUUGGAUGACUUAUACACAGCAUCGCGACACACAGGAAACCCUGGCCGUAUUGGAUCGUCUGGAUCUGGAUACGGAAAAACCGUCCGAAGAGGAAUUGGCACGCAAAUUUGGCUUCGAAGAGGACUACUACAAAGGCACCGUAUCCUGGUGGCAGGAAAUGAAGCCGCGCAUUUGGUCCUUGUUCGAUGAGCCCUACAGUUCCAAUGCCGCCAAGACCAUUGGCGUUGUUUCGGUAUUUUUUAUAUGCAUUUCGAUAUUGUCAUUCUGCCUGAAAACCCAUCCCGAUAUGAGGGUACCAAUAGUUCGCAAGGUAACCGUUCGAACGGCGAAUGGCAGCACGGCCUGGGUCCUGGACAAGGCACAAACCAAUGCGCAUAUAGCCUUUUUUUAUAUCGAAUGCGUUUGCAAUGCCUGGUUUACAUUCGAGAUAUUGGUGCGCUUUAUCUCAUCGCCGAACAAAUGUGAAUUCCUCAAGUCAUCUGUUAACAUCAUAGACUAUAUAGCAACGCUUAGUUUUUAUAUCGAUCUUGUGCUUCAGCGAUUCGCAUCGCAUCUGGAGAACGCUGACAUACUGGAGUUCUUCUCGAUCAUUCGCAUCAUGCGUCUGUUCAAGCUAACGCGCCACUCGUCCGGCCUGAAGAUCCUCAUCCAAACGUUCCGUGCCUCGGCGAAGGAAUUGACCCUGCUGGUGUUUUUCCUCGUCCUUGGCAUUGUGAUCUUCGCCAGCUUGGUGUACUAUGCCGAGCGCAUACAACCGAAUCCGCACAACGACUUCAACAGCAUACCGCUUGGCCUGUGGUGGGCUUUGGUUACGAUGACCACCGUGGGGUAUGGCGAUAUGGCGCCAAAAACAUACAUCGGCAUGUUCGUGGGCGCCCUGUGCGCCCUGGCCGGUGUACUAACCAUUGCACUGCCAGUGCCCGUUAUAGUUAGCAACUUUGCGAUGUACUAUUCGCAUACGCAGGCGCGCGCGAAACUGCCAAAGAAGCGUAGACGAGUGCUUCCCGUGGAACAGCCGCGACAGGCGCGAAUACCAGGUGCCCCUGGCGGUGUCAGUGGUUGUGGCACACCGGGCUCGGGGCCACAUUCGGGACCCAUGGGCUCUGGCGGCACUGGACCGCGUCGCAUGAACAAUAAAACCAAGGAUCUGGUCAGUCCCAAAUCAGUUGCUCAACUCUUCGCAGGUCCACUGGGCGCCAGCAUCGUGGCGAUGAGUCCGCGCACAAUGCUCGAUUUGAAUCCGGCCUUGGCCAUGGGCAAGCCGUCAUUUCAGCCACGAUUCCCCACCCAGCUGGCGGCCACACCGUCACCCCUGGCCAGCACCACGACCCAUGGCGGUGCAGCCACAGCAGCGACAACGGCAGUGGGCGUUGGAGUCACAACCACCACCAUAGUGGCACCUAUUGUGCCACCAACCAAUGCGGUAUCCACCACCGCCAGUGUGGGCAAGGACAGCGGCAUUUCCACCACCACCACCACAGCUACAGCCACAGGCAACACCAGUCUGGAGACCAGCAAGAAGGCCUUCCUCUAAAGGCAAAGGCAGCCAAGGCUCAAAGGCCACUCAAUGAUCCUCUAUCCACCAUCUAAGCAAUAUCUAAUCGCAAUCUAAGGCUAUCCUUCGCAUACGUAUUCAGAGUUCUCAGAGUUCAUUCUCGAAGAAUUCUAAGAUCGACACAAGGAUCCAAGGAUCCAACGAAUCAUCUUUGGGUACCAAAUCAUAUCAUGUUUCAAUCUGUCAAAAGAAAACAAUGUUUCAUUCAAGACAUAUCGGCUAUUCGCUUGGGUUCUCACAUAAAUCCGAUCUAUAGUUUCAGCUUCAGUCAAAGGAUCUAAGAAGAGCUUCGUUCGGAGCAAAGAAAUUAGAGAUAUAUUUAAUGAUCCUAGAUCAUCCUUGUGUUUCUUCAAAUGAGGUCUCAAUUCUAUAAAAAGAACCAAUCAAAUCUAAGCAGCAAUACAUGAUCGUAGAUCAUCAUUAUUUCCUCUAGGAAUUUUUCAGAUGAAUCAUAGAUCGUCUUAUUUCGCUCAUAUCAAUUUCUAAUUUUAUUUCCUAGCAUACCCAUAACAUACCCAUAACAUCCCAUACAUAUGGGAUCUCAUACCUAACCCAAAACUAUACAUAGAUAAUACAACAAACAAAUUGCUUGACAAAACGAAGACAAAACCGAAAAGCAUAAGUUCUUAAGCCCCAAAAGGGAAAUGUUUCGCCUGCCUCCCCCCCAAAUAAAAGCUUAAUAAUAAACUAUUUUUUACACAAGCCAUAGAGAUAGUAAAUCCCAAAAAAAACGGAGAAGAAUGUAUAUAAAACAUAGAUGCUUUAUAACUCGGUUUGCCAGUUCCUUAUGCGUUGUGUAAUGACUCUGCUGCCCCAAAUGUGGCAUGUGGGAGUUGUGGUUUGAAAGCUUUAAGUUCAUCUAAAAUGCAGUUAGCGACGCUUUACGCCAUUGCCUAAUUAAAUAGAAAACCAAAAGCCAAUCAAAAAGCACACUCAUGCUUCAUUCAAGUCUCAGGCACGUGUUAACUUUAACUUUUGCCCCUACCGUCUCCACCCACAAAAAAAAAACUAUAUAAAUAUAUAGAGAAGGUGUACGCGAAACUCGUCUUCAUCUUCAUUGUUGGCUUCAAUCAAAACAUUCGAAAGACGAGAAACUUUUCGGGCAAAGAACUUGAAAGUUGAGAAAAACAAACGAAAUUUUCCAGAAGUUGGCACUUUUUUGCUCAUCAUUCACUCAGUGACUAACAUGCGGGAUUACUUCGGGGUGAAAAAUCGCUGCAAUUAUUCUCAGAGGGAAUGGAGGAACAGGAGUGUUUCCAGCAAAUAUGAGGGGCAUUUUGAGGAUUUCAACGAGUUAAAUAACUUGCAAAUAACUUGUUUAAAGCAAACAAAGAAUGCAGACAAUUUCCCACUUUUCCCGCUUGGAUUUGCAGUAAAAAAAGUUUACAAAUUGCUGUGGGGUAUGGUACCCCUAACUGUGCGGUCUAUAAAAACAAAUACUUUUGAAAUACUUUUACCGCAGGUUUUGGUUUUUUGAUUUUACAAGUACUUUCAUUAGCUAAUUCUCUUGUACAUUUUAAAUAUAUCUCUCGGCGAUCAUUACGCCUUCAUCUGCAUCUACACAUAAGCAUACUUAAGAACGAUAAAAAACUAGCAACAAAACCCCAUGGAAAAACGAAAGAACGGAAAAACGCGCUAUGCACAAAUGGAAACACAAAUAAAUAAAGAUCGAAAGGCAACAAAUAAACGAAGUUUGCAAAACAUUUGUUAAGUUUUUACAAUGAAGAGCAUUAAUAAUAAUAAUAACUAAAUUAAUAUUAAAUAUUGCAAGCUAUUUGAAUGAAGAAAACCCAAACCAUUGUUCAUAUCGUUGUUUUUUUUUGGUUUUAGUCUUUUGGUUUCCGUUCUCUCGCGUAUGAUUUCGAAAAACUGUUUUUUAAUUAUUGUAUAGUUAAGCAAAUUGUAUACUAUUUGAAUACUAAACAACAAACAAAAUUGUUCUCUCAAUAAU